AUGACCUCGCAGCUUGACAUCAAAGGCAAAGGCGCCAUCGUCACAGGUGCCGGGUCUGGAAUCAACCUAGCCUUUGUGCAAGAACUUUAUAAGGCGGGUUGCAGUAGUGUCAUCGUGGACAUUGGUUUACAUCAAACCGCCAUAGACUGGCUCUCGACAUUAACAAAGGACAUUGGACCACAGGUUUACUUUCACGAGGCGGAUGCUUCAGACUGGAAGGAGCUUGAAAAUGCUUUCCAAGUUUAUGACCGCGCUCAGAAGGCCAGCAUCAUCACGCCACUAUAUCAAGCAGGGAAAAGCGCCAUCAGCACCUUCGUUCGGUGUUUGGCAGACCUGCACAGAAUGGGAGGUAUUCGAGUCGUUGGCGUUGCACCCGGCAUUAUCAAGUCACCUCUUUUCACCGAUCAUCCAGAGGUGAUGCGCUACAUUGACUCGAGCAAGGAUUGUAUGCUGGAGCCAUCUGCAGUUGCCCGAGCAAUGCUCGCAGUCGCUACUGACUUGAAUUAUCCGGCUGGUACUAUCCUUGAGGUGGCUGAUCUUGAUGAUAGCUGGCGUGUGGUCAACAUGCUGAAUGACCCAGGGCCACAGGGCAGGGCGUCCUGGUCGAGUAAUAAGAACCUUGCCCUCGAAGAUGUGAAACGGGUGGUUGAUAGUGAAAAGGGAAUGGCAGAUUGA